AUGCUAAACAUGGAUGGUGGUAAGUUUGUGUGCAUGUUCUAGUAGUUUGUGUUUUCACUUGGAAGAGUGUGUAAUGCCCUGCCAGGAUCUUUGGUGUCAGAGUAUGUGUGUUGGAGCAAGGGGCAUUGUCUCCUUUCCAUGCCUAUAUCUGCUGUUAUGUCAGCUAUUAGAUCCUUCCUUUUCUCCACCCCAAUAAAGAAUCGUCACUGUCUGACAGGAGUCAAGUAUUAACUCUAGCACAAAAGGGCUCAUGUGAAGUACCUGUAGUGGGGAAAUCACAAGAAUCCAUCCCUGGAUUAAACUGCAUAUCCAUUAGGGGCACUGAGCAGGCUUCCACAAAUCAGAUCAUACACAGUAGGUUUGGCCUAACCUUAAAAGCUCGACAAGAGCUCAUGGUCAUCUGGCACAUGCAGAGGACUUGUGGCAGCUGAACGAACCUUGAAUCUGGGCAUUACAAGAUGUGUAUUUAAAAACUUGGGUUUUGACUUGAUCUGUAAAAGCCACAAAUCAUUUAUCAUCCCUUCUUCUGCUAUUAUAUUCCAGCCUCAGAAGCUGGAUUGUUUCUGUGCUGACAAUUCAAACAUGUUCAAAUCUUACAGGGAUGAGAUGAGGUUGACACUUAAAAUGCAUUGAAUGUCCUGUUCACCUGGCUUGGUAAUGUUUGAAAUGUUGUUAACCGCUCCAGGCCCUUGUGCUUGGGACAGUUAAAAAUGAUAAUCAUAUAAUCACUAGACACACGUGCUUUAUUUAGAAAUAAGUUUACAUAUUCUUGCCUUAGAAAAAGAAUUAUCCUGAAUUAAAUAAAAUAAAUAAAACCUAAUGUUUCUGUUUUAAAUUGCCACUGACCUCUGUUUUGUUUUUUUGGCAGUGUUCAUCUCAGAGACUAAAGCCAAUUCUGUCCUGAAAAGAUAUCCGCGGGCUAAUGGGUUUUUGGAGGAAUUAAAGCAAGGAAACAUUGAACGCGAAUGCUUUGAAGAAAUUUGUAACAGAGAAGAGGCAAGAGAAGCUUUUGAAAAUGAUGAGAAGACGGUAAGUUAGCUAUGCAGUUGUAAAGGUAUGCUUCCUGGGUUAACUUUCUUUUUAAUGAUACUGAUUGGUUUAUAUUUCUUUUCGACAUAAUGAACACAAAACUUUCUUUAAUCUCUGAACGAGAAGUUAGUUCAAAACUGCAGCAAAUUGAAAGCAAGAAAAAAGAGAACUUGGAUUACUAGACACUCUUGCCUCCAUCUCUCUUAUCUCAAGCACUUGGGUAAUGGAAUCAUUGAGUGGUGUUCAGCUAAGUUUUACUUGGAUGGGCCCAUUAAAUUCAGUGAGUAAAAGUGAAUCCCACUGAACUCAGGACUAACUUCUGAAUAAGCUAUAAAUUUGUGACAUCUCUGUACCCUAGUUUCUCAGAUAAUUUCACUCACUGUUGGAUUUAUGUUAUGGCAAUAGAAAGUGGAGCCAUUUGAGCCAUAAAUUGAAAUUUGAAUGUUACAAGUAGCUGUCCAAGCUGAAAGGGGGAACUGCUAUACUGUGCCAAACUGCCCAGUAUUCACAAACAUUUAGUGGUGGCUGGUGCUCAUUGGGCCAGGGAGGGUAGAAACUCAAGAGGCCAACAGUAGGUAGAAUCAGAACCAGUGACAGACAAAUUGAUUACGGUUUUGUCCCCAUCCUCCCUGCUGAAUCGUACCAGAGAAACAAACCAAGGAGGAGGAAACUGACAGCCAAUGUCCCGCCUACCCACUGCACCCUGUCCCUUGUAUUGGUUGUUAGUAAGAAGGCAUGUAGGACAGGCAGUUUGAGGCAGACUGGGGCUGGUAGGGGAGUGCCCAUUUGCUGACAUGGACCAGCCUCCACAGAACAUUUUGUGUCUGAAGGAGACAAUGGCUACUCGUUACAAUGUCUGUGCUCUAUCUCCACAGUUGGAGGCAGCAGUGCUGGAAACCAUGGAGGAGAUGGUGCUCUUGUGUUCAUGUUCUGCUCCCUUAUUUCCCACAGGCCUCUGGUUGGCCACUGGGAGAACAGGAUGCUGGGCUCAAUAUUGUCCUUAUGCUCUUAUGAGCCGUGCUAUGCCACAAAGUAAUGUAAUAAUGCUGUAUUGUUUUUAAGAUUUGAUUAGAAGCCGCCCAGAGUGGCUGGGGAAACUCAGCCAGAUGGGCAGGGUAUAAAUAAUAAAUUAUUAUUAUUAUUAUUAGGAAGAUAUUUUGCUGUUUUAUAUCAAUAUGAUAAACUGUCUUUUUUUCUACCUCUUCUCCCUGCAAUUAUGAGAAAGGAAAAUAAUUACUCUUAAAUGUGUGCACAAGUGUUAAAAGAGCGUCUAAUGGAACUGAAAUGAAAAUUGGUUGAUAAGAGGUCAUAUACUGGAAACCUGCCAGAAUACUUGUGUGCUGACUCCUGAAGCAGUAUUUUUGUGCAGCCAUAAAACCUCUCAUUUCUCCAAUCAGAAAUAGGGGAAAGACCUCUCAGAAAACCUAUUUUCUUCUGUCAUAUUUUCAGAUGGAGUUCUGGAAGGACUACACGAAGAGGCUCAAUGGGGAAAUCAAUGGAGGACAUAACUGGUAUCCAUUUUACCUUGUGAUUCCAUUAAUCAUUGGCUUUUUAGUUAUUCUUAUCAUAUUUAUCACAUGGAGGUGCCUGUUCAGAAAGAAAAUGCAUAGACGUUCCAUGUAUGCCCAUAGCAGAACCAGAGAAGUCGCAGGUGACAGAACUGUUGCAGAUGGAAGCAGUCCACUUCCUCAGCCACUCAGCAUUCUUCAUUCCCCCCAGGAAGAAAUGUUUGAAGGCAAUGGAAACUCUCCAGGAUAUCUGAGCUACACAGACGGACGUUCAGACUCAAUAUCAAUCAGGCUGUCAAAUUACGACCCACCGCCAUCGUAUGAGGAAGUGGCUGGUGCAAAUGGCCCGAGGAGAAAGGAAGCGGCAAAUCACUCGGAUCCACCGCCUCAAUAUGAAGACAUUGUGAAUAGCAUUUCAGUAACUCCUGUUACCACUAAAUGA